AUGCCGAAUUAUCGUUAUCCUGGGCGUCAUGUCCCCUAUCGUCCGGACAGGAUUACCUUACCCGCUGACUGGCUUGAGGAUCAGGAGAAGAUGGGAAGGGAAGAGGCACGAACGCAGAAAUUUCAAGGAUCUGUUAGUCUUCAUGAUGUAACGCAUCAUUCUACUCGUGAUUCAGGUUGUCCAGACGAGCGUAAUGGUCAGGCAGGGCUUGACUCAAGUCAACCGAAUUCGGGCCAGAGUAUGCUCGAUGGAAAUCAAUCAGACGAUACCGACGAAGUAGGUAGCGACGUUCUUGAAGGACCUAACGAUACUCCAACUGGAGCUUACAACGACACUGAAGAAGUGUAUAUCGAUGCUGUUGAAGAGCUACGCAACACUCUCGGCGGAGCAAUCUCUGAAAACGACAACGAUGAUGCAUACACCGACGUUCUUGAAAGUUUGCGCGAUAAUAUUGGUGAAGCAGACAAUGAUACCGCCAGCAAUUCUAAAACUGAUUGUAUCUUUUUACCUGCCUGUGGGAUUGUCUUCUUCGGCGCUGUCCUCAAAAAGGAAGGCUCGCUUCUAGUGGCGGCAAUGCAUGAAUAUUUUCAGGAGGCCAAGGGAGGCACUUGUUCGAGCAGUAAAGAGGAAAUACCUGUUGAUAUUCAAUUGCCAUCCUCGCAAAAGAACGAGAACACUCUUGGAGAUGAAUCUCGUGACAACAAUACUCACCUUCGUUUCAUCACUCACUUAGGAGGGGAGGGCACUUUACUCAUGAAUCAACAAACUAUGUGCUCCUCUCUUCAUAGAGACAGUUGUCGCAAACGGACUCGAACUGAAGAUUUAGAAAUCGAGGUUCAAGAGCCAGAGUCGAAAAUCUGCAGACUGGAAUAA